AAUUUAUAAAAUCAGAUGAAAAAAAUGAAACCGAAAGAAUCUGUGUGUUAAGCUCCCUAGCCAAUUGGUUUGCAUCCACUUCACACAUGCAGAAAGAACUUUUAUUUUUAUUUUACAACAAAUAGCAUUUCUAAAUCAGAUCUAUAAAACCAGUUCAUUAUUUAUUUUUGACGUAUUUGGUUUCAGUUGUCACCCACUUACCAUAUUUCUUCUUUUGAAGAAGAAGAGAAGUAGCUUUCACGGUGUAAGCAACCUCUGCUGGUUUUUGGUGUUGGACAUCCAAAUUGUAGGCUGUUGUUUCGUUGGAGAAGAUGUUGUGUGCUUGUUCAGGUGAACAGUUCAAGUUUGAAGAUGCUCCACAGUCUCCGGAGUCUUUAGCAACCAGAGAUUUCUCAGCCAGUGGGCUGUCGUCUCGGACCGGAGAUUGGGAAUCCAAGCUCGAGGAUGUUCAAGUGGAUGAAGUUGAAUCCACUCUCAAAGAAGCUCUCUCCUUAAACUACGAGGAAGCAAGGGCACUGUUGGGGAGGCUAGAGUAUCAAAGAGGGAAUUUCGAUGCUGCGCUUCAGGUUUUUCAGGGUAUUGACAUCAAAGGUUUGACACCAAGGAUGACUACGGCUAUUGUUGAGAGGACCCGGCUACGCAAAUCACGGUCCAAAGCUGACAUUAUCCCUCCUACUGUGAUGUCGAUGCACUCAGUGAGCUUACUUCUGGAAGCCAUUUUCUUGAAAGCAAAAUCGUUGGAGGAACUUGGGCAUAUUAAAGAGGCUGCAAAGGAGUGCAACCUAAUUUUAGAUGUAGUUGAGGCGGCACUGCCUAAUGGAAUGCAUGAGGGAAUUGCUGAAGAUUGCAAGUUACAAGAAAUGUUUCACAGAGCAUUAGAACUGCUCCCUAAUCUAUGGAUUAAGAUAGGCUAUCUCAAGGAAGCUAUAACUGCGUAUCGUCGGGCUUUAGUCAAGCUAUGGAAUUUGGAUUCCCAGAGGUUAGCAAGUGUACAAAAAAACUUAGCUGCCAUACUACUUUAUGGCGGUGUUGAAACCAGCCUCCCACCUCCUUUACGUGUAUGGGGCUUAACUACCCCUAAUUGUAUUGAGGAAGCAAUUCUUCUCCUUCUAGCACUAAUGCAAAAAGUGGCAUUUGGAGAAAUAAAGUGGGAUGCAGAAAUUAUGGAUCAUCUCACCUUUGCUCUCUCAGUUUCUGGGCACUUCGAGUUACUUGCAGCUCAUGUGGAGCAGGUCUCUCCAGGCAUAUAUGAAAGAGCUGAGAGGUGGUACUUUCUUGCUCUUUGUUAUGCUGCUGCUGGUCAGAAUGAAGUGGCAUUGAACUUAUUAAAGAAGGUUUCCAGUCAGUCUGAAGCAAAGCGCGAGCCUGAUAUCCUUGCUUUACAGCUUGGUGCUUAUAUAUCUUCGCAAGAUCCGAAGCAUGCUCAUGAUGGAAUAACAUUUGCUCGUUAUGUGAUUGACUUGGAAGAUGAAAUGAAUGGACAUUUCAAGGCUCAAGCCCAUAAGUUCCUUGGCAUUUGCUAUGGGAAUGCUGCUAGAAUUUCCAUAUCAGAUUCUGAAAGAGCUCUUUUCCAGAAAGAAUCUUUGACCUCUCUUAACUAUGCUGCUUUCAACAUGAAGGAAGAUCCUGAAGUGAUGUUUAACCUCAGUUUGGAAAAUGCAGUUCAGAGGAAUUUAGAUUUGGCCUUUGACAAUGCAAUGAAGUACUCUAGCCUGGUGGCUGAAAACUCAGGAAGAGGUUGGAAGCUAUUAGCAUUAAUACUAUCUGCAGACAGGCGGUUCAAAGAUGCUGAAACCAUACUUGAGUUCGCUUUAGAUGAAGCCAGUGGAUCAGAUCAAUUAGAACUUCUAAGACUGAAAGCUGUGCUUCAGAUUGCUCAGGAACGGCCCAAGCAAGCAAUUGAAACUUACAGCAUCUUGCUAUCUCUGAUUCAAGCACAAAGAGAAGCUCAGUCUAAUAACUCUGGUCAUGCAAAGAGUUCCCAUACAGAGAAUAUAGCUGAAAGAAAUAUGGAAAUGGCAGCCUGGCAGGAUCUAGCUACUGUUUACACCAAGUUUGGUUCGUGGUCCGAUGCAGAAAUUUGUUUAAACAAAGCCAAGUCAAUUGAUUUUUAUUCACCCAAAAGUUGGCAUACAACAGGUUUGUUAUUUGAAGCCCAAUCAUUUUAUAAAGAGGCCCUGGUAUCAUUCUCAGUCUCACUGUCUACAGAACCAGAUUACGUGCCCAGCAUUGUUUCAACUGCGGCGGUACUCAUAAAACUGGAUGGUCAAUCACUCCCAGUUGCAAGAAGCUUUCUAAUGAAUGCUCUUCAGUUAGAUCCUACAAAUCAUGAUGCCUGGAUGAACCUUGGAUUGAUUGCCAAAAUGGAAGGCUCAUUACAACUAGCAGCAGACUAUUUUCAAGCAGCCUAUGAGUUGAAGCUAUCAGCACCUGUUGAAGCCUUCACAUGACACUGGAAUUUAAUUAGUUAACACUUAGCGGGCAAUUUCUAUAACAAAGUUUGCUGGUUCUAUACACUGCUAUUCUGCAACGAUGUCCUAUUGAAAUGUAUAGCAACCUCCUAAUUUUUAGCUUCGAUUUUUUGCUGUUAAUACCAACAUUCUUAUUCAGAAAACUAGAAGUUCUUAUUCCUUGUUAAUACCAAAACUCUUAAACUCAGAAAA